AUGUUUUCUUCACUCCUUUCGCUAGUUUCACUCAUUACACUGGUCUUGGCCCUGGACCUGGACCCCAACUCGUCGCAGUCUGUCAACAGCGACUCCAAGCUCAUCGCCAAGGGUCUUCUCGACUACUACGCUGGCUCCCAUUAUGGAGGCACCAUUGGCAUGUUUGUCCAGCCGUACUACUGGUGGCACGCUGGAGCUGCCUGGAACACCCUGGUGGAGUACUGGGCCAUCACUGGUGACGACACCUACCUUGACACCACUCGACAGGCUCUCAUUUCUCAGCGAGGCGAAAAGUACGAUCUUAUGGUCGCAAACUUCUCUACUUCCGAAGGUAACGACGACCAGGGAGUCUGGGCACUCACCAUGAUGGCUGCAGCCGAACGGGGAUUCCCCGAGGCCAAUGACGGACACACUUGGCUUGACGUGGCCAAGAACGCCUUUGCUACAAUGGUUGGCCGAUGGGACCUGCACUGUGGCGGUGGUGUCCGAUGGCAGAUUUUCUCUUCCAAUAACGGUUACGACUACAAGAACUCUGUCUCCAACGGUGCAGUCUUCUCUCUCGCUGCUCGUCUCUACUACAACACCGGAGAGAAGGUCUACCUGGAGUGGGCCGAGACUGCCUGGGAGUGGCUGUGGAACUCUGGACUCAUUGAGCAUGACACCUACCGAGUCAACGAUGGCCUUGAUGUUGACGACUGUUCUAAGAUCACCCAUUUCCUGUGGAGUUACAACGCCGGUAUGCUCCAAUCUGGUACUGCCUAUCUUUUUGCUGCUACUGGCGACAACGACUGGGACACUCGAGCUCGAAACUUCUGGAGCUCGGGAAAGAAUGUCUUCUUCGAUAACAAGAUCAUGCUUGAAAUUGCCUGCCAGCAGGACUCCAUCACUUGCAACAACGAUCAGCGAACCUUCAAGGGUAUCUAUGCCAAUCUUCUGGGUCUGACUGCCGAAGUCCACCCUGGUCUUGCCGAUGAAAUCAUUGACUAUCUCACCACCUCUGCCAAGGCUGCUGCCAACACCUGUUCUGGAGGUAGCGACGGCCAUACCUGUUCUCUCGACUGGGUCUCCCAGAAGUACGAUGGCAACUGGAUUGGUCUUGGAGAGCAGAUUUCCGCUCUGUCUGUGAUUCUCAACUCCCAGGCUCUCAAGGUCCAUGCUGCUCCUCGAGCCAAGCAGAACCAGAACAGCGUUCCUUCCGACCAGGCUGAUCUGGCACCUGCCCAGUCGCUCUUCUCCUCUGCGGCUCCCAGCAGUUCUGCGGCCCCCAGUAGCUCUGCUGCCCCCUCCUCCUCUUCGGCACAAGACACCCGAGUUUCAUCCGCUGUCAUUGUGUCUAGUUCUGCAAAGCCAACCACCCUAUCUACCCAGGUGGCUGUUCCUGCCCCUACCGAGCCCGCCCAGUAUACUGGUGAUGGAAGCGAUGUCGCCGCUGGUCUAGGUCUGCUGGCCUUACUUGGACUUGGCGUCAUUUUGAUGUGA